CUGUUUUCAAUUAUCAAUCGUUUUCAGUGUCCUCCUCCAGCCCCAUGCCCAGCGUGUGUUCAACAAGUCUGUCCACCUCCACCGGUUGCAUACUGUCCUCAAGUGCAACCGGUCUAUGUUGCGGCGUGUACAGGAAGCUCAUGUGCUCAAGCAUCGCCCUGCACUGGAAGUGGAGGAGGCUACGCAGCCGGCGGUGGCGGAGGUCCAUAUCCAGCAGGAGGAGGUGCACCUCCAUACUCAGUGGGCGGCGGUGCGCCUCCAUACUCACUGGGUGGCGCUGGUGGAGGCCCCUACCCAGCUGGUGGUGGUGCAGCUCCAUACUCAGCCGGCGGUGGCGGAGGUCCAUACCCAGAAGGAGGCGGUGGCGGAAUAAGCUCUGCUGGAACUCUCUCAGACAUUCCACCACCCCCGUCUCGUUCCUCACAGGAACCAGGCGCUCCUUCCGCUUCCGCAUCAGACACUGAAGGAUCCGUUGAUGAUCUUCCAUCUUCGAACUCCAUUGCCGCAUCUCUGACGAAACAACGAUCUGAGGUACAAUGUGAUCAACCUGCGCUGAAAAUCAAAUAUAUUAUGCUGAGAGCGAAGAAGAGACAAGGAUUUGGCGCGCAAGAUAUAUUAGAAGAGGUAGAGGAGGUGGAUCAUCCUUUACCAGUUGAAGCCACCGCAGCGCCGGAGGCUAAGAUUGGCGAAGACAACGAAGGCACUGAAUACGACGACGAUCGACGGAAAUCCUAUGGUAACUAUAAUUUGCAAACAUUUAGAAGGAGGACCACCAUUGACGGACGCCAAGUGCAACAGCAAACCUCUACGGAACAUCAUUAUGGAGGACGGAAAUCCUAUGGUAACUAUAAUUUGCAAACAUUUAGAAGGAGGACCACCAUUGACGGACGCCAAGUGCAACAGCAAACCUCUACGGAACAUCAUUAUGGAGUAAGUCGAUAUGGCUGUUUCCAGAAUAUUGUCAGAGAGGAUGCGGUGGCAUCAAAAAGAGCGAUUCAUGACACGGCAAUCAAAAUAUACCCGGAUUUCACUGUGGACGUCAUCUGUUCAAGCACAGGAUUCACGUAUUUGGUUUCGACGACAGAACACUGUGAGGCGCAAAAAGAUAACGUCAUUUGCUUUGUUUACAAGAGGCCUCUUCUACGAUAG